AUGGUGGCUAAGUUUGGUGAUGAUACUAGUUGCCACCCCCUUUUGGAUAAUGAAACAUGGUGUGAUGUUUCCGGAGGAGUCAAGAAAGGAAGAAUAUAUGGAUUCGGAUCUGUGUUUGAUCCAGCGAGCUUUUUGGAAGGAACAUCUAGUACAAUAACAUCCCAAGAGGUUGUCUAUGAACGUGUACGAAACGAGAUGCGUGGGGAAAUGGAUGCUAAAGCUGCAGAAAUGGAAGCUAAACAUCAACAAAUGCAUGUAUGCAACCUUGCAAAAUAUGAUGGGAAAUUGAAAAUUAGAGGAAUGAGAACCGAAGAUGAUUGGAUGGACAUGAAAUGAAGAGAGCAGCUAAAAUGUUAUUUUGAAGUUAUGUUUUGUGAAAACUCAUUUCCCGAUGCAUACUUUGGAUUUCUUGGUGCUAAAAUGUUAUUUUGAAGGUUAAACUUUUUUUUUGUUUGUACCUCUUUUGCAUACUUUGGAUUUCUUGGUGCUAAAAUGUUAUUUUGAAGUUAAACCUUUGGGAGUUUGAUGUUAUAUGGA